AUUCAAAUCAGUGCUAUUACGGUCGUCACAGAAAAUGGCUAAAGCGCAUUGUUUUAUAAUUUUGUUAUUGUGUAUAAGUAAGAGUCUAAUACUAUGCGAUGUGUUGUGUGAACAAGGAUUCUGUGCGACAUACGUCAACGACCCAGGCUGCUCAUCAACGGCGCAGGAGUGCAGCAUCAACAACGCGACCCACCACGGGCUGACGCUGCCGUCUCCCACCAUCUGCAACUGCUGCAACUACUGUCUGCCAACUUUUAAUGAAGGCGCGCAUUGCAGUCGCGGUGGUCCUGGGACCGGGACAACCAUUGGACGUUGCGGGGACGGGCUCACCUGCAUCGCUGAGGCUGAUGGCAACUUCUGUCGGAGGAUGAACACAACCUGCCACAGGGACCAAGAUGACUACGACGCAAGGCAUCUGGCAGGGGAGACGGGAGAGUUGGAGGAGCGACCGUCGUGCGACGGGAAGGGGAACUAUGACGUCUUCUCUUGCGUCCCAACUCAGACAUGCUUUUGCCAGUCCGAAGAUGGUGAGAGGAUAUUCGGUGAAGCAGUGUACUUGGGAGUAGAGACCAAGCGGAACAUGCAUUGUCGCUGCUCCCGCUUGCACGAGAAAAUCAAGAAGAACUUAAGCCCAGGAGUUCCGUAUCCCGUGGUGGGUCCCCGCUGCACUCCUGAUGGUAACUUCCACCCUAUCCAGUGCAUCGACAGAAAGUGUUACUGCGUGGAUACAGUCUCUGGAGAGAUUGUGCAAAGUACUACAUCUGUGAAUCUGGAUGAGACACCGCUAACGGAGCUGGAUUGCUACGAUGCAGACUUGGACCUGUACCCUGAGCAGAGCCGCGGAGACCCGCCUUACAACUUAACCACGCCUUGCAUCGAAGGCAUCCAAGAUCAGAUCGACCUGAUCCAGCAGAGUGAGCAGGAAGGGUACAAUGUAGACUUCUUCAGCACAGUGCAAGGCUGCCUGCCUGAUGGGACGCCUACCAGGAUCGUUACUAGUAGGAAUAGAACAAAGAUUUGCGUGGACGAGCGUGGAGAACAAAUAGGAAAUUACCAGGCUGAUCCAAAUACUCCCGAGUACAACAAUAUAGACUGUAAAUGCGCCCGAACUUCCCACAUCAUGAGCACAUCCUCCGAGAAGCCAAUAUGCUGCAGCAACGGCAACUUCAGGAAGAUUCAGUGUAGACGCGGGAUGUGCCGCUGUGUGGACUCCGACGGCCGCCAGACCGAAAUGGAGCAGUCAGAUGUCACGAAACUGUCGUGUUAUACGGCGGAUUGGAGGACGUGUUAAGAUUUUAAUGUGAAUAAAAUAUUAAUUAAAUAUCACUUUGAUAGAACCUUAUGGCCAAUUACCGUAUGUGUAAGGCCAAAAAUGAGAUGGUUUAAAAAAGAAAAUGUCAAUUUGACAUUUAAAAAUAUGCACUAGUGAUGUGACAUGCUUUAAAAUAACUUGUUAACGUUAUUGACUUUCUCCAAAACAACGCUUUUUUUUAAUAUAGCAGUAAUCAAAUUGUUCAUUCAAGUAUUGUUUAAUAAAGAGUUAAACAGUCUGUUAUUAAAAUCUGAUGCCAAAAUA